UCAGAGAGUGUGUGUCUAUCGGUUUGGUUUUAGCCCUGAGCAACUGCUCUGAGAGCGGAGGCGAGCCGGAUGCCAUGCUGGAUAUCCACCACCCAGGAACCGGUCUCGAGUCUCAUCAUCAACAGUUUCACAACUCAUAUGCUGCACAGAUUCCACAACGCGCAGCAUGCAAGAGGAAAGACGAGAUGGCGAACCAGGCAGAACACCAACAGCCCGCCCCCAAGAAACCGCGCCUGGUUUUCACAGACCUUCAGCGCCGUACUCUACAGGCUAUUUUUAAAGAGACCAAGAGGCCGUCGAAAGAGAUGCAGGUGACAAUCGCUAGGCAGCUGGGCCUGGAGCCGACCACGGUCGGCAACUUCUUCAUGAACGCUCGACGCCGCUCCAUGGACAAGUGGAAGGACGAGGACCCGAAGACCGUCGCAGUCGAGGAGGGACAGCUAUCGCCCACGAUAGGUAUCGGGCAACGGCAACCAAGCGACGUUUUGUGACACACGUCCGACCACGAGGAGUACCACGACGAGUCGCCCGAGGAAGAUCUGCCCUUCUCGUAAGGGCGGCGAUUUCUUAACGCGGCGCGACGCUCGCGAUAUCACCCGAGACGCCCGACUGACCUGGAACGUCAGUUUUCAAAACAAAUUUCCGAAUUUACGUUCGGGGGUUGGGGAGAGGGGGAGGAAAGGGGCCGUUGUUGUGCCCUCAGCCAGAGAGAGGGCACGUUUCGACGACGUAGCGGGGACAGUAGGCCCGAUUCCGAGGAUUGUUCGACGCGGCGAGCGGCUCUUUGUUGCCGCGCCCUGGCUUAGCUAAAUUAUUUGGCGUUCGAAGAAUUCGACGAAUUCUCGGCCGCAUAGCGGAAUCUACAUUGUUUGAAGAAUUUUGUUAGACACAAUGCGCGUAGAUUUAUGAAAUAUUUAUGUUUGAGAUGUUUCGUAGAGACUGGAAGAAAGAGAAAAGAGAAGGAUAGGGGUGAAUUCGUGUGAAUUCGAUCGAUCCCGCGAGACGGAACCCGGAUCGAUCAGUUUUAAAUCAUUGAGGACCAAACGAGCGGAAACAGUGCGUGAAAAACCAUCCAUUGGGAAAAUAAUGAAUACUUUGUAAAGGCAGGCUAUAUACAAAUUGGAGACAAAAUCAAUAUCCAUCACGUUCGAGCGAAUUUUGUUAAAUAAAGUUACGUCAAUCUUUUCAAGCGUCGCAAAAUUGCAGAAUGUGAUCCUGAAUUCUUGAAAUCUUCUUUCGCAGUCGGAAUAACAGCAACUCAGCAAAAUAACACUUGUCGGCUGAAAAAACAGUUGCGUCGACGCAACGUUGGUCUUCAAUGGGUUAAAAAUAAAAGUGUUCAAGCUGGCAAACUUUCGUAGAAACGAUCAGACUUGUUCGUAAGGAACGUGGAACACGAAAUUUUUCGUAAGAACGAUUACUCGAUCAAUUCGAUUACAAAUUGGAGACAAAAUCAAUAUCCAUCACGUUCGAGCGAAUUUUGUUAAAUAAAGUUACUUCAAUCUUUUCAAGCGUCGCAAAAUUGCAGAAUGUGAUCCUGAAUUCUUGAAAUCUUCUUUCGCAAUCGGAAUAACAGCAACUUAGCAAAAUAACACUUGUCGGCUGAAGAAGCAGUUGCAGACGUUGUGUCGACGCAACGUUGGUCUUCAAUGGGUUAAAAGUAAAAGUGUUCAAGCUGGCAAACUUUCGUAGAAACGAUCAGACUUGUUCGUAAGGAACGUGGAACACGAAAUUUUUCGUGAGAACGGUUACUCGAUCAAUUCGAUUCGUGGUAAUCGAUCGUGCUUCGAACGCGUUCGAACUUUCGUAAGACGGGAUGUUUUCAAGCGUUUCAAGAGAGGGGGCGGGAGGGGGAGCGAAACUAAACGAAACGAAAGAAAUGAGGCAGGCAGGCUCGAGGACUGCUCGAAGAAUCGUGCACGCUGGGCGUCAUUAUCUUAUAGCCAAGCACCGAGAAGCACGGUCACUGUGAUAAUUUUUUAACGACAGUAAACGGGUGGCAGCCUUGUUCGUGAAUAUUGCAGUUCCAACCUCGCUACGUCCCGCGAAACGACGCAUUCACUUUCCCUCGAUGUUCGAAACGUCGUUUGCAACUCGAUUAAUUUUUCAAAAUUCCGACAUCGAUUCGCCAUCGACUCCGGACUCCGUGAAUUCAAGAAAAAAAAAAGGAAAUAAAGAGAAUGAGAAAAGGAAAGGAGGAAGAGGAAUAUUCGAGAAAACGAAAACCACGUUCCAGGGGGGAGGAGUGGGUGGAAGCGGGGGAGGGUGAAACCGAGCAGCAUCGUGGAACCGCGUCGAAAGAAAUCGUACGGAUCCGUCGAUCCUUAAACGGCGAGAACUGUUCUCCCCCCCGAUGUUCGUAUUCACUUCGCACGAUCGAAAGUCCGAUUCUCCGGGAACUUGGUGCCAUAAUUUGCCAUAUUAGAAUAAGAUACCUCGAUUCAGAGCGUUUUCUAGUCCACGCGUGUUGGAGUGGCCCCACGAAGGGCCGGCCAAUUCUUUUAUCUAGUCAAAAUUGCAAGGGGUGAGCCUCAAGUUCUCUAGAAGAACGCGUGUUCGAGGCUGGCAGCCUUCUUCGAGAAACUGCUUGUCAAUUCUGGCGCGUUCAAUCCUUUGCACACUUGUCAAGUUUGUCCGUAUUUAACCGUAUUUGUGUAUAUGUUGUACUUUCUCCCCAUCGAGGAUUGAACGCGUUGAUCCUUCGCGAAUUAAGAAACAUGUUUCACGUAGAUCGUGCGUUAGCGUUUGUUCGAUUCGUUUCGAAGAGCGAGGGUACACAGAAUGAGCCAUGUUUCCGUGCCACGUUCCGUUCGAAGCGAAAGAAGUCGCGAAGGAUCUCGGAGAAUACGUUCUACAAAAAAAAAGAAAAAUCUAUAAUUUAUAUUUAAAAGAAGAAGAAAAAAGAGAAUCGUUGUAAUAAUCGAGGAAGAUUCACGUCGCUGUUUCAGACCAUCCUUACGAACAUAAACAAACUGUUCUUUUCAAUCUUCUCCCUGAAACGAAACCCGUAAGUCCCCAUGAUCGAACCUUUUUUUCUCCCAAAUUCCCAAAUUUUUCCACUCUCGAAACAGCAACACGUCUGCGACCUCGAAUUGCGCUUAGAAAGAAAAAAAAGGAAAAGAGAAAGAAUCCCAAAAAUGCGGAGAAACGUGGAAUCGAAUGAAAAGGGGGAGGGAGAGACUCGCGCGGUCAAGGAUCGAUGGUCAAAGAGGGUGCGUUGGGACUCGUUGUGUCCUCGUUGGUCGCUAAAGGAACACACUCCGAAAGAACCCGUCAAAACCAGGAAAAAAAAAAGGACGCGAAAGAACAGCUUCAUUUCUUAAUACACGUUCAUACUAAUUCACACACACACACACAAAUACACAAACACACAAACACACGACAUACGAAACAUACACACAUAUAUUUGAGACACUGAGACACCGAAACUUAAUUUAACGUGAGAUGAAAAGAAAAGAAAAGAGAGAGAGAGAGAAAUAAAGAGGAAACAAAUGUGGCAUCGUGUCGAGAGUUGGCACGUGCCAAGUGAUAUAUUCUACGUAUGUUUAAUGAACAUUGUAUAUCAGAGUGGACGCUGUUUUGUGCGAAUCGACGAAGAAGAGGAGCAAACGGGACACGGAGCUUGAUCGCUCGCGAGAAAUUAGUGGUCUUGAUGUUCGACGACAUGCGAAAUCGCAGGGAAUGUAGCGCGCGCGCGCGCGCGCGCGUAUACGUGAAACAGAGUGAACUAUAGAGACAAGAGAUAAACGAGUGUAUGUGUGUGUAUGUGCGUGUGUGUGCGAGUGAGAAUGAUAGAAAAAUUGAAAGAGAGAGAGAGAGAGAAAUUUUGCGUACCGCACUCGAUAUCGUACCGCAAUUGUGCUGUGCUAUUGUACAUAUUAAAGAGAGAGAGAAAGAGAAGGAGCGAGAGAGAUUUUCGCGAUUCGGUGAGGCGGUGAU